AUGGACGUCGUCUAUGAUUUUGUCGAAGGCAUUCACGUUUUCAUACCAUUGAUUGCUGUGCUUUUUAUUGUAGCAACCUUAUAUUUUGGAAGGAAUGGUGAGAACAAGUCGAAAUCAGAAAAGACAGCCACAGGAAUAUCCAAGGAAUCUGUAUCCGAAAAAUCAAAGAACGACUAA